AAUCAUUAACUACUGCUUAUAUAAACAAAUUUUAUGCAUAUAAAGGAUGCAGGGUUUUACUUGUUGGAUUCAAAUUAACACAAUGAAACAAGCUACCAAAAUGCUUUCAAAAUCUUCCACAUUGCUUUUAUUCCUAAUCCUUCUCCAAUCUGCUUCAUGGUCAGCUUCAUCUCAAAUCCUGGCCAAGUUUUUCCAGUGUGUCUCAGUUCAUUCUCUUCAUUCCAAUCCUCCACCUUCCUCAGCCAUUUUCACACCAAACACUUCUCAAUUCACAUCUGUCCUAAGAUCUACAGCACAAAACCUCAGGUACUUGGUGCCUUCAGUGCCAAAGCCAGAGUUCAUAUUCACACCCCUUCAAGAUUCCCAUGUCCAAGCUGCCGUCAUUUGUUCAAAACAGCUUGGUUUACAUCUCAGAGUCCGAAGUGGAGGACAUGAUUAUGAGGGACUCUCUUAUGUUUCUGAAAUCGAAACGCCUUUCAUCGUUGUAGACCUUGCCAAACUUCGAUCAAUCAAUGUUGAUAUCCAAUCCAAUAGCGCAUGGAUUCAAGCCGGCGCUACCAAUGGUGAAGUUUACUACAGAAUUGCAGAGAAGAGUAAAAUUCAUGGAUACCCUGCUGGACUCUGCACCAGUUUGGGCAUUGGUGGGCAUAUAACCGGAGGAGCAUACGGCUCAAUGAUGAGAAAAUACGGCCUGGCUGCCGAUAACGUCUUGGAUACUCGAAUUGUCGAUGCUAAUGGCAGGAUUCUUGACAGAGCAGCCAUGGGAGAAGAUCUGUUUUGGGCAAUCAGAGGAGGUGGAGGAGCAAGUUUCGGAGUCAUUCUUUGGUGGAAGAUAAAAUUGGUGCCUGUCCCUGAAACUGUGACGGUUUUCACAGUGAGUAGGACAUUGGAACAAGGUGCCACAAAAAUCCUCUACAGAUGGCAACAAAUUGUAGAUAAGCUUGAUGAUGAUCUAUUCAUCAGAGUCAUCAUACAACCAACAAGAGUUGGCAAUACCACAAAGAGAACGGUCUCAACCGCUUACAAUGCCCUGUUUCUUGGAGAUGCUAAUAGACUACUCCAAGUUAUGCAGAGAAGCUUCCCAGAAUUGGGUUUGACGAGUAAAGAUUGCAUUGAAACAAGUUGGAUAAAAUCCAUUGUUUACAUUGGAGGCUUACCAAGUGGAACACCACCUGAAGUUCUUCUCCAGGGGAAAUCCUUAGGCCAGAACUUUUUCAAAGCCAAAUCGGAUUUUGUCAAAGUGCCUAUACCCGAAUCCGGACUUGAAGGUCUGUGGACAAGGUUUUUGGAAGAAGAUGGUCCUUUGAGUAUUUGGACCCCAUAUGGGGGCAUGAUGAGCAGGAUUUCAGAGACUGACACUCCAUUUCCCCACAGAAAAGGAACGAUCUUCAUGAUACAGUACCUAACUGGUUGGAGUGAUGGUGAACAGAACACAGCAAAACAUUUGGAUUGGAUUAGGAAGCUUUACAACUACAUGGCUCCUUAUGUUUCAAAUUUUCCAAGAGAAGCGUAUGUGAAUUAUAGAGAUCUGGAUCUGGGGAUGAACAAGAAGAACAGCACGAGUGUCACAGAGGCAAGUUUUUGGGGAAUUAAGUAUUUCAAGAACAACUUUUAUAGAUUGGUUAAGGUGAAGAGCAGAGUUGAUCCGGAUAACUUCUUCAGGCAUGAACAGAGCAUCCCAACUCUUCCAAUAGGAAAAAGACCUAUAAAAAGCGGUUAUGUGAAGGAUUAGACCUCUAGAUUAUGGUAAUUUGUUUCUAGUUAUAAGCUAGUGCUUGGUCCCAUUCAUAAUAAUAUUAUAAGUGUCAAGUAUUAUGUUUUAUGGCAUUGUUGUUGACAAAUUAGUAAUGUGACAAUUUUCUAUAUUAUUGAAUGGUUGCCUUCUCUA